AUGGACUGUGCACCCCUCAAUUUGGCCCAUUUCCAUGAGCGAAGAUCAGAGCGUUUUAUACGCAAUCAUCGCUAUGAGGAGGCUAUAAAAGCCCUGGAAACCUCGCUAAUUUACAUGCAGGAUGCCCAGAAAAGGGUGGCUCUGCCCAAAUCCAAAGAAGUUCUGGACACUUUAACCCUGGAUUUUCAGCGAAAACUGCGACAAAUUGAGAUGCGGAAAACCCAGCAUGGCUUGAAUAAGUUAAAGGAUUUUGCUCCCCUAAAAGAAACCAGUCCCAUGUUGCCUUUGAGGCCAGAAAAUGGAGCAAGUGGCUCCGGGGGAUCUGCGCAAUCGGUGGCCAAGGCAAUCGACAAAACAGUCCAGGAUUUCGAUGCCAAGUUCACCUCCUCUUUGGUGGUAAAGGCUCCAAAUUCCUUGGCCAAUUCGGAGCCCCAAAUGGAGACGCUGAAGAAGAGCGAUCCUUCCAAGGAGGAGGAGGAACUAGAUGCCUAUGACCAUCGGGUGACGGGCAGUGGAGAUUUGGAUUUGCCCUCGCUGGCUCCCUUGGAGUUGCCCUCCUUUGAUUACAGUCUGUUCACCAGCUCAUCGGCUCCUUCACUGGCCAGUUAUGCCGGCAUGGCCGAGAGUUUCCAGAAAUAGUAGUUAGGAUUGAUGUUUUUGGGUUAUUCAGUUCGUUAAACAUCGGGAGAUCUCUUUAUUAUACAACGCCCCUUGAGUCCAAAUUAAAGUAAG